GUUCCCUCUCCCGCAUGUAUUGCUGCAGUGCCCAAGACAGCAAAAUGGACUACAAGCGGCGCUUCCUGCUUGGCGGGUCCAAGCAGAAGGUGCAGCAGCACCAGCAGUACCCGAUGCCCGAGCUGGGCCGAGCACUGAGUGCUCCCCUGGCAUCUACGGCCACCACUGCCCCGCUGGGCAGUCUGACUGCUGCAGGCAGCUGCCACCAUGCCAUGCCCCACUCCACUCCCAUCGCCGACAUCCAGCAGGGCAUCUCCAAGUACCUGGACGCCCUCAAUGUCUUCUGCCGUGCCAGUACUUUCCUCACAGAUCUCUUCAGCACUGUGUUCAGGAACUCGCACUACUCCAAGGCAGCCAUGCAACUGAAAGACGUGCAGGAGCACGUCAUGGAAGCAGCCAGUCGGCUGACUUCAGCCAUAAAGCCUGAGAUCGCCAAGAUGCUGAUGGAACUGAGUGCUGGGGCUGCAAACUUCACGGAUCAGAAGGAAUUCAGUCUCCAGGACAUUGAGGUGUUGGGGCGAUGUUUCUUGACCGUGGUGCAGGUCCAUUUCCAGUUUUUGACCCAGGCGUUGCAGAAGGUCCAGCCGGUGGCUCACUCUUGCUUUGCCGAAGUGGUUGUGCCAGAAAAAAAGAACAGCAGCAGUGGCAGCAGCUUAUCUGGCAUGGGCCACACACCCGAACUGGAGGAAGCUGUGCGAUCCUGGCGGGGGGCUGCUGAGGCAACAUCUAGACUAAGAGAAAGAGGCUGUGAUGGCCGCCUGGCAGGAAUUGAAGUUCAACAGCUCUUCUGUUCUCAAAGUGCAGCGAUUCCUGAGCACCAGCUAAAAGAACUAAACAUAAAAAUCGACAGUGCUUUGCAAGCAUAUAAAAUAGCUCUGGAAAGCUUAGGCCACUGUGAAUAUGCAAUGAAAGCUGGUUUCCACCUGAAUCCAAAGGCGAUUGAAGCCAGUUUGCAGGGCUGCUGCAGCGAGGCCGAAGCACAGCAGACAGGGCGGAGGCAGACGCCCCCGCAGCCCAUGCAGUGUGAGCUGCCCACCGUCCCGGUGCAGAUCGGGUCGCACUUCCUGAAGGGUGUCUCCUUCAACGAGGCAGCCGCUGACAAUCUGAAACUUAAGACGCAUACAAUGUUACAGCUGAUCAAGGAGGCAGGCUGCUAUAAUGGAAUCACACCAAGGGAUGAUUUUCCUGUGACUGAAGUACUGAAUCAAGUGUGCCCAUCCACAUGGCGGGGCGCCUGCAAGACUGCUGUGCAGCUCCUGUUUGGCCAGGCUGGACUGGUGGUAGUUGACACGGCACAGAUAGAAAAUAAAGAAGCCUAUGCCCCCCAAAUCAGUUUAGAAGGCUCCAGAAUCGUGGUUCAAGUCCCGUCCACAUGGUGCCUGAAAGAGGACCCCGCUACCAUGUCCCUGCUGCAGAGAAGCCUGGAUCCCGAGAAGACCCUGGGUCUGGUGGACGUGCUCUACACAGCUGUCCUGGACCUCAACCGCUGGAGGGCAGGGAGGGAACAAGCUUUACCCUGCAUACAGAUCCAGCUUCAAAGGGAGAUCUGUGAUUUCGGGAAUCAGGCUGACCUGCCUUCUGGACAUGGAAACAAAUCUUCAGGUGGCCUGCAGAAGACAUUCUCCAAACUGACAUCCCGGUUCACCAAGAGAACUUCAUGUACCAGCAGCUCUAGCAGCAGCACAAAUUAUUCCAUCCUCAGUACCCCUUCCAAAAACACCUUCAUAGCUGGGUGUUCAGAAGAGAAGGCCAAAGUGCCCAGUAAUAUUGACUCAAGGUUACAAAGCAUUUUGAACAUUGGUAAUUUCCCUAGGACUACAGACCCUUCACAGUCAGCUCCGAAUUCCAGUAAUCAGAUGGCCAAUGGUUUUCUCGCGGAGAGGCAUGACAACUUUCUGCGAGGGGAUGAUGGCAAGGACGAGAAGGGUAUGAACUUACCCACAGAUCAGGAAAUGCAGGAGGUGAUAGAUUUUCUCUCGGGCUUUAAUAUGGGCCAGUCACAUCAGGGCUCUCCAUUAGUGACGAGGCGUAAUUCUGCUGCAGCCAUGGUGACUGAGCAAAAGGCAGGAGCCAUGCAGCCACAGCAGCCACCACUGCCAGUGCCCCCUCCACCGCGGCCACCCCAGGCUGGGACGCACACACCUCUGACACCCCAGCCAGGCCUGGCACCUCAGCAGCAGUCCCCAAAGCAACAACAACCCCAGGUCCAGUACUACCAACACCUGCUACAACCUAUUGGAUCUCAGCAGCCCCCGCCCCAGCCUCGGGCCCCUGGGAAAUGGGUACAUGGCUCAUCCCAGCAGCCAGCACAACCCGUUGGAGCAGGUCUGUCUCCUCUUGGCCAGUGGCCUGGCAUAUCUGAUCUGAGUUCUGACUUGUACAGCUUGGGUCUGGUGAGCAGCUAUAUGGAUAAUGUGAUGUCAGAGGUGUUGGGGCAGAAGCCACAGGGACCUAGAAAUAACACCUGGCCAAACCGUGACCAAAGUGAAGGAGUCUUCGGAAUGUUGGGAGAGAUUCUGCCUUUUGAUCCUGCAGUGGGUUCAGACCCCGAGUUUGCACGCUAUGUGGCAGGAGUGAGCCAAGCAAUGCAGCAGAAGCGGCAAGUCCAGCAUGGUCGCCGCCCAGGCAACCCCCGGGGACACUGGCCACCCAUGGAUGAUGCCCAUCGGACCUGGCCUUUCCCAGAGUUCUUCACAGAAGGGGAUGGCCUGCACAGCGGCUGGUCGGGUACUCAGGGAGACUCAGCCAGCUCGAGUGACGAGACGUCCUCUGCCAAUGGGGACAGCCUGUUCUCCAUGUUUUCAGGGCCUGACCUCGUUGCUGCUGUCAAGCAGAGAAGGAAACACAGCAGCGGAGAGCAGGAGACCAGCACACUGCCCUCACCACCUCUUCUUACCACAGUGGAGGACGUGAAUCAGGAUAACAAAACCAAAACGUGGCCGCCCAAAGCACCCUGGCAACACCCUUCCCCGCUGCCCAGCACACUGCCUAGCCCAAGUGCACCACUCUAUGCAGUCGCCAGCCCUGGCAGCCAGUGGAACGACACCAUGCAGAUGCUGCAGUCCCCAGUGUGGGCUGCGACCAGCGAUUGUAGCGCCACCUCCUUCACCUACGUGCAGACUCCACCGCAGCCCCCACCCCCACCAGCACACAAGGCAGCGUCCAAGGGCUUCAAGGCCUUCCCCGGGAAGGCUGAGCGCAGGCCGGCCUACUUGCCCCAGUACUGACCCAGGCCGGCCCACCUGCCUGCCCAAAGCUGUCGGGGCCAGUGUCCCCACCCCAGGGCUGACUAGCUGGCACCAGCCCCCCAGAGGACCAGUGCACCCCUGUCCCAGGCAGAGAUCCUUGGGGAUGGGGGUGGUUGGCAGCUCUAAGCCUUUCAUGCCUGGCUUCUCACAUUUUGGAGGCAUCAGAGCACUGGAGGGCCAGCUGCAGGCUGAGGUCUCUGACCCUCCUCAGGGAAAUGCGGGGGAUCGUUGAGCUUAAUGAGCACUUCUGGUGAUCUUGAUGCAGGUGGGCCACGGGCCACACUUUGAGAAACACAGCUCUCAAGUUUGUAGUCCUACUGUGUGUGUGUGCUGGGAAGGCAUCAGACCUGAAGGCUGAGAGCAAAACUGACCAUUCUUUUGAAACUUUCCCUUCCCCUCCUAAACACAUUGAGUGAUGACCACACCAAUCACUGUAUUUCAUAGCUAUUUUUCAUAUAGGUUUUUAGUUAAAACAUCUCCUGCCUAAAACGCAUUGAAUAUUUUAAGGUUAACAAAUACAGCGGCUGGAGUUUUGUUCAACACUAUUUUUUUUUAAGCUUAUACAAAAUAGAUAACAUGUAGAAUAUUUGUGAUCAGAAGCAAUCACCUGGGUUUUCUGUGGGUGGGCAGCCCCUCACCACCCCCACAGCACCCAGGGGGUGCAGCCUUUACUGGAUUUACAAAAGCAGGAUCAUAAAACUGAUGUCAGAGGCAUAUUCCUGAUGGUGCAUGGAAAUGAGCCCGCUAGCUGCUGUCUGUGUGCAGGGUAAAGCUACACCCGCUGCCCUCAGCUCCUUCCAUAUAAGGGCCAGAGGCUUCAGCAUGGUCUCAGAACGUGGGAGUGUGGUCAAGGGCUGCACAGAGACCCCUGCACUUGGAAUUGCAGUAACAUUUAUGAGCUGGCUCAAGACAAACCAAUUAAGAUAUAGAUAAGAAUUUAAAGUAUUUUCUUUAAAAGACAAAAACAGAAAAACAAAAUAAAAACCUCAUUUUCGGUUAACGUGCCAUUAAAUAGAUAACAUCCUGUGGAUUUAGGGGUUUUUUCCAGCCAGAAUGGAUCCAGAAGAAUUUAAUGGUGCUUAAAUUUGAGAAAUAAUAAUAAAUAUAUCUAUAUAGAGUAGACAUAUCCCACUGUAUAUUAAUUGAGGUUACAGAAGUUCUUUAUAUAAAACUUAUUUAAAUUUUUCAUAUUUCAUCUUUUGAAAAAGUCUAAUUGAGAAAAAUCCAUAAUAUUUUCUGGUAUGAAAGUUUGACAGUAUUAAUAUUUUUUUUAUAUUUUCUUAAAUCAUUAAACCAUUUUAAUAUAUGUUAACUACUAAUAAAUGGUUUAUUCUUUCUAACUCCAUAUAAGCUUUUCCAGCAAAGAUUGUAAUAACACAUUUAUGUUCUCAUUUUUCUACGGACAUAAGUAAAUUUAUAUUUAAAAAUACCAAAAAGAAAAAAAUAUAUAUUAUGUACACACACUAAUUCUAUAGAGGGCCCUUAGGGUGUCUGAGCCCAGCCAUUGAAUCGUCAGUACUGUGUUGCCAGGCUGUUCCCAGGCCUCGGGUGAUGUCUUGUGCUGUGUGGGGAUGCCAUUGCUGCCUGUGCUUUUGAUCCUGUCACCGUGGGUUCUGAACAUUCACCUCACCAUGUUUACAGAGAACUCUUUUGUACAUAGACUUUUUCAGGCACGUGCUUUGCACCCACCCUGUGUGGCUCUUGUCUGUGUUAGAUGUCACCGUGUGUGCACUAAUCUCUGUUGAAGUUGUUCGUGGCUGUUUGACUUGUAAGAUAGUUUUCUAUUUCCUUCCGUAACGUGUUCACAGUACCCUGUAUUUCCAGUUCUAUUAUACUGAAGUACUCUUGUUUUAAUAGUGCCUCCCCAAGACCUCACCCUGGUCAGAGGUCCGUCCUUGAUGCCCCAGUACAGCUGACAUCAACAUCGCUCAUUGUCCCUUUCUAGUCUGUUUUUCUUAAGACAUUUUGUAAUUGCAUCUCCAUGGGCUGUGAGACUGUGUGAAGCUGUCUAUGUGUGCUCUCCUGGUAGGUGCUGUGUUCUCAGUACCACCUUGCUCUGAACACUGGUAAUUCCAGGUGCUGCGCUUGGCAGUCGUCUCGCCAAAGCGCAUGUGUGUGUGUGAGUGAGUGUGUGUGUCCUUUGCGUGGCCGGGCGUGGCUGCCUUGCUCAGGCAUCAGCAGGACACAGUGUGAAUAGUUACAACGCUUCCAAACUGGAACUAUACAUUUUGUAUCUUUUAAAGCUCCUAUAAGUAAAAUAACUAUUGGCUUUAUUAAAAAUAUACAUUUAAUAAUA